ACUGUCAAAAUUUGUUUUCGUUGCAUUCCAUCCAUCUGAUUGUAUCAGCGAAGCAAACGUGAGAAAAAACUUCGUUUUUUGUUGGAUUUUACAUAUAAAAUACCUAACAUAUUAAAGUAUUAUAACUACAUAACUAUUUUUCUGUUUGUUCGAUAUACAUUAUGGCAUCGAAAGUUACUUUCAAAAUUACUUUGACUUCAGAUCCAAAGCUUCCGUUCAAAGUGCUCAGUGUUCCAGAAGCUACGCCUUUCACAGCAGUGCUAAAGUUCGCCGCCGAAGAGUUCAAGGUCCCUCCGGCAACCAGUGCCAUCAUCACCGACGACGGCAUCGGUAUCAAUCCCCAGCAAACGGCUGGCAACGUGUUCCUGAAGCACGGGUCCGAGCUUCGGUUAAUUCCUCGGGAUCGUGUGGGGUCGCAGUAAGGAGGUACUGAGUUAAGUUUAGGCAACGACAGGUUUGAUCUGGGUAAAAUUCCAUACGGGGGUAUUUCGUGAGAAAUUUUGCUUUUGAAUGUUUUUUUCUAUUUGAAUAUAUUUUUUUUGUUUUACUUCAUAAGUAUUCUUAUUUGUUGCGAAAAAUCUAAUUAUUGAGCUUCAUGAAAAUAUAGCUGCAAUUCAAUUUAAA